AUGAUGGAUGUGGAUGAAGACCACGAAAAUCCUAAAGACUUAUUAACUGACCGGAAUUUAAAUAGAUGGGAAAUAUUAGUGGAUGGAUCAUCCAAUGGAGAAGGGAAUGGUAUUGGUAUUGUAUUCAUUUCACCAACAGGAGCGCGAAUGACCUAUUCAUUCAUACUGGAUUUCGCAUCCACAAAUAAUGAGACUAAGUAUGAAGUAGUUGUACAUGCACUAAAGCUAGCAAUUAAAAUUAAGAUAGAAGAUGCACGAAUAACUAGUGAUUCACAACUAGUAAUUCUCCAAAUAGAAGAGAAAGGAGAAACAACACAGACAUAUGUGAUGACAAUAGAAAACAUGGAAGAAGAAAACGCGAGCGAAGACAAAGAUUGGAGAACUGAAAUCCAUUUAUACCUAGAGAAGGGAGAAGUACCAAGAAAAAGGUUGGAGGCACACAAAUUAAAAAGUCGUGCGACGAAUUAUGAAUUGAGGGAUGGUAUUCUUUAUAGAAGAUCCUUCCUGGGACCUUCGCUCAGAUGUAUUACGCGAAAAGAAGGGAUAAAUUUUUUAAUGGCAUUACAUUAUGGAGACGCCGGUAAUCAUAGCGGAGGAAGGUCACUUUCAUAUAGAGCAAAGAUACAAGGCUACUAUUGGCCAUACAUGCAUGAAGAUGUGAAACAAGUCUCAAGAAGAUGUGAAGAAUGUCAACGUCAUGGAAAAAAGAUACACACACCCGGAGCAAUGCUAAAUUCAUCAACAAAUGCGUGGACUUUUGGAAAAUGGGGGAUCGACAUUGUUGGACCAUUUAUACCAGGAACCGGAUUUGGUAUUCCUGCACAGUUGGUAUCUGAUAAUGGAAAACAGUUCGAGGGUGAGAAUAUAAAGAUGUUAUUGAAUGUGUUCAAAAUUCAAAGAGGAAAAUAUACUCCUUUAUAUCCACAAAGUAAUGGACAGGUAGAAGCCACAAAUAAAACGAUCGCAGACAAUUUGAAGAAGAAGUUAGAAGGUCACAACAAAGGAUGUUGCGAACAAGUACAUAAUGUCGUAUGGGCUUACAGGACAACAAAGAGAGAAGCAACAGGUAUGUCACCUUUCUGUUUAACAUAUGGGGUAGAGGCCGUAUUACCAACAGAAGUUAUCAUUCCAACAACAAAGAAAGAAGCUUGGGAGAAGAAUCUAAGUCCAAAUCUAAUUCUAGCAAAACUUGAUGACUUAGAAGAAGUAAGAGAGGUCGCUUUGCAACAUAUGGAAAAUUAUCAACAAAGACUAGCUCGAGAAUACAAUAAACGUGUUAAGAUCAGAGAAUUUCAACCAGGGGAAUUGGUGUUGCGAGAAAUCCAAAUUUAUCAGAGAGGGGGAGAUGGGAAAUUGGAAAAGAAAUGGGAUGGACCUUAUAUAAUAAAAAUGAUAGUUGGAAAUGGAGCUUACGAGUUAAUGGAUCCGGAAGGGCGAGAUAUGGGUCGAAGAUUAGAUCUUCCUUGGAAUAGACAAUAUUUGAAGAAAUAUUAUCCAUAG